AUGUUCGACUCGACUAAAGGCGCACUGCUUAUAGCGCCACAUCUGUCUAAUAGCUCUUGCUGGCUCAACGGCAAAGGCUGGCCAUCUACGUUCCCCGCCCCCGGAGAUAUCAUUAAAGCAUUCUUCAUUUUCGCACUGUCUAUGGCAAUUGUCUUCUGCAAUUUGGUGCUCAUUUGCGUUCUCAAUAACCGAAGAUACACCAAGUACAUUGACAAUCAGCCCAGGUACUUGCUCACGUCACUCGCACUGAACGACUUGUUUACGGGAAUCUUGAUAGCUCCAGUGGCGUUACUGCCUGCACUGUACAAGUGUUGGCCUUACGGAGAGAUUUUCUGCCAGAUUCAGGCAUUGUUGAGAGGAGCUGUGAGUCAACAAAGUGCAGUCAUAUUAGUCUGCAUGGCGAUCGAUAGAUAUCUCUAUUUGUUACAUCCGAAUACUUAUCAUAAACACUCUAGUAAAAAGGGCUGCGUUUUAGUCAUAAGCAUAACUUGGAUACUGUCAGUAUCCUUAUUUGCUAUAAUGGUGCUACCGCGUUCUGGAUAUUACUUCAAUUCUACAGGGCUGAUGGCUUGUGAUGUAUUCCACAGUCGUGUUGCCUUCAGGAUUCUCGCUUGUUGUGCGUACUAUUUUCCAACGACGAUGGCGUUGAUGUAUUGUUACGGGUCAGGAUUCCAUGUCAGCAAAACCAGGAACAAAUUUGAUCAGGACCCGCCGAGGUCCAACGGUGUCCCUGUUCCGUGUACAAAAGUUACUCACUCAAAUCACGAAGCCGUGAUUCAAGCUCCAGUAAGGCCUCAUAGUGUGAGUACAUCACGUACGAUGGCCGCAAUGUCUUUAGGGUUCAUUGUUAUGGUAACACCAGCUACUAUUCAAGAAGUUGUCGCAGCUUGCACUGGUUGCAAGGUCCCCCCAUCAAUAGAUUUCAUUGUGACGUGGUUGGCACUCAGCAAUAGUUUUUGGAAUCCAUUUCUUUACUGGCUCUUAAACAGUCACUUUCGAAGAAUCAGCAACGAUAUACUUCAAUAUUAUAUUUGCUGUCGAAGAACUAAAUCAUUCCACAGUUACGAAAAGCCAACAGGUUGCUGUGGUUCGCCGGCCACAUCUGACGGUUUACAUUCUAAAGGCGAAUUUGAAGGACUUGGAGAAAAAUAUUGGGGGGAAAUUUUAGAAAGAACAGUAUCGUCAACAUCGUUACAUGCUCUACAGAAAUCAUGUCAUAGGGAUCAUCCUUACUCAGGAUCGUUUAAAGGAUGUCGCAAUCCUAAUUGUAAACAAGAUCCCAGAUAUUUUGAAGGAUAUGGACCAACUGACUAUCGACAUCUUGAUAGAUCCGCCUUUCAAGUUGAAUCGUGUUCACGACAGUGUAGAUUGAAAAAUUCUGACUUUUGUUUAUUUAGGCCAACCCCUAGUCUUGAGUGUGGUCGGUCUCGGUCUAAUUUAAGCUUGGAUGAGGGCAAUUUCAAUAAGACUUGUAACGGGAGGCACCCAGAGUUGUGA